AUGGCUGCAUGGAACUGGUUAUCAACAGGUUGGAGCUGAACAGUUUAUCGUGGUAUAGUUCUUAAGGAUCAGAAACGUAUAGCUAAUUAUAAGGAAGGUGCUACAAUAAUAACAACAACAUUUUUAUCAACAUCGACAGACCCUAUCGUAGCGGAGUUAUUUUGUACAGUUCAUCCUGAAGACAUGAUAUCAAUAUCAAUAUUUUGCACGUAUAAUAUUAAUAAUACUCGUCGUCGUACAGCGCUUGAUUUGGAAAAAAUAAGCAAUUUUGGAAACGAGCGGGAAAUAUUAAUCUUACGCUAUAUACCAUUUACAAUUAAAUCACUUGAACGAACGAACGAUGGUCGAAGAAUAACAAUAUGCUUUGAUGAAUGUGAACAAUAG